CUUUGCUGUCAUCAUAGAUGACAGUGUUAAGAGAGGAGUGAUUGGUAGUCAAAUGCCUGCUGUGCUGGGCCAGCAGUCUGGAGAGUGGCCACUGCUCCUGUGACUUGGGAGGAGAGACAGUUGCAGGAAAUACUCAGUUUGAUUGGGGAAUUGAAACUGCAACCUAAACAGAGCCAUUGUUUGACUUUCUUCUUCAGAACCCAUGUUUUCACAUCUUUUUUUUGACUGUGUCCUGCUCAUGCUGCUACUGCUUACAAGUUCUUUGAAAGGGGCAUAUGUGUCUCAGGUGGGUCAGAAUGCUGAUCUGCCCUGCACCUACUCUCCAGCUACCACUGAGAAUCUCGUGCCUGUGUGCUGGGGCAAGGGACCCUGCCCUGUGUUUGAAUGUUACAGAUUGGUGCUCAGGACUGAUGGAAGGAACGUGACCUAUCAGACAUCCAGCAGAUACCUACUAAAGAGGGAUUUGCACAAAGGAGACGUGACCUUAACCAUAAAGAAUGUGACUUUAGCUGACAGUGGUACCUAUUGCUGCCGGAUCCAAUUCCCAGGUCUAAUGAAUGAUCAAAAAUCAAACCUGGAGUUGAUCAUCAAACCGGCCAAGGUCACCCCAGCUUGGACUCCAUGGAGGGACAUCACUACAGCCUUUCCAAAGAUGCUCACCACAAAGGGACCUGUCUCAGAGACACAGACACUGGAGGCCCUCCAUGAUAAAAAUCAGACAGAAAUAUCCACACUGGCUACUGAGUUACAAGACAUGGGUGCCACUACCAGAACAGGCCUCUACAUAGGAGCAGGAGUCUCUGCUGGGCUGGCUCUGAUUCUUAUCUCCGGUGGUUUAAUUCUCAAAUGGUAUUCUGACAGGAAAGAGAAGAUACAAAAUUCAAGCCUCAUCACUUUGGCCAACCUUUCUCCUUCAGGGUUGGCAAAUACAGCAGCAGAGGGGAUGCACCCAGAGGAAAACAUCUAUAUCAUUGAGGAAAACGUAUAUGAAGUGGAGGAUCCCUACGAGUAUUACUGCUCCGUCAAUGGUGGGCAGCAAUCCUAACAACCUCUGGGCUGCUGUCACCUUUCAACACCACCAGAUUCAACCACUUCAUUUUGGGGCUUGGUGUUGUCUUCUUUGAAAACAUGAGAUGGCUCAGCUGACUGAUUUGAGAAAUUCCGUCCUUGGCCACCGAGCAGAGUUUUUCCAUAUUUUAAAGAUAACUAGCUCACUCGAGGAUUGAGCUGGGACCUUUGAGGUAAUACACAGGCACUACAUUGCCUCUGCGUUCCAUCCACCCAACUCAGAGACUGCUAACUGGGACACUAGCGCUCAAGUGGGCUUUUAUAGAGAGUAAGAAUUCUUAAUAUGGGAUCUCAGGAAUUCUAGAUAUUCGAUUACACAGGGGAAAUUACGUGCUGAGAUAUAUGUGUGUCUUUUUCAAUACAGGAAGUUUAAAGGGGUCACUGAUUCUCAAAGAGCUCCAUGAUACACAGAACAGGUUAGGAAACUACUGGGGUAGGACUAGAUGGUCUUGAAUCCAUAAAAGCCUCAAAGUUUAUACUUCUUUGAAUGUUGACUCUGCAACAGUAAGUGCCAAUGCCCAGCUCUCCUUGGCCUCAGUUAAGAUGAUGGCCCAGCAAGGCCUGUGGUGUGGCAGAUGCUCCUGGAGAAAAAGGAAGUACACUCAGUGUGUGUUGACCAGUUUUGCUUGGGGUGUACUCAAAGGGAAAGAUCUCUAACCAACUUCUCCAUUCAUGGAAAGAAAUGGAGCAGUGUUUUUCAUAAAAGAAGAAGCAGUGACUGGGACACAAAUUCUGUCCCCUGGUGGAAAGUAGGUGAAGGUCUCUAGCUGUCUUUAUUUUUCAGAGUCAGAUCCCUUCGUGCCUCGACAAUGGUCCUUAAGCUUCAGUGCCAAGAUGGUGAAGAGUAGGUCCAUCUUGCCUGUUUUUUUCCUCCCCAGUUAUGGCACAACUCUGACACAUAAAUAGAGAUUUACUUAAUAUCUUUGGAGUGAAAAAAUUAAACAAGCAGAAAGGUAAAUUUCUGGAAAAACUUUUCCAUUGGAGAGUUCAGAUAGAGCUCUGUACCUUCACCUUGUGGGGAACUCAGAAAUACUCUUAAUCCUGUGUUUCUGGUCUUGUCUAGCUCUUAGUUUCUCAGCAUCUUCUUCCAGCUCAGGCCCUGGAAGUGUAUUACUCUGCUGUCUUCUUUCUCCUUUCUGCUGGAUGAACCAACAGUAGAGACCUGCCUGACACGGCCUUCUCCGGGUGAUGACUAAAGUGCUACUGUGUUGCAUGCAGGAGUUGUUGGUCACUGAGGAUGCAGGCAGCUGGUCUGUUACACAGUUCAGGCUGCAUCUAGACAGGAUUGGGAAGCAUUGGUUUUCUACUGGAGAUUUGAAAGGGAGAUCAUUUUGCAGAGUUCCAGGCAGUGGCUUUUAAACUAAUUGAAAAAUUAAUCUGAAGUGUUUUUAAUUUAUGAAAUUCUAAAGGGAAGAGGUUUCAAACACGUUUAAACCAGGUCAGUGAUUGCCCCACAAAAGGGAUUCUUAUCCUAAAAAAAUCUUUAAAUAGGAUAUAUAUAUAUAAGAACAACUAUUGUAACAGUGUUUGUGAGAGACUUUUUCCAUGAAUUGGGGAAUAGCUGGUUAGGUGGUAUUGCUAACACACUGGAACAGCUAAAAAAAUAAAAUUAGGUGGUUUCAUCAUUGAGUUGUUUUGCCAGUUCAACAGAUACUAAGUGCUUACCUUGUGCCAGGUACUGUGGUGCUGAUAUCACAGAGACCAAAUAGACACAUCCCUGACCUCAUGGAACUUCUCACUGAUCUGACAGGAAGGAGGAUUUCAUUCAUUCAUUCAGUGAACAUUUUUUGGCACCUACUUUGUGCCAAACAGUGUUUUAGUUCCUAGAAAUAUAGCAGUGAAGGAAACAGACAAAAUCCCUAGUCUCAGAGAGCUUGUGUUACUUUUCAAAGGAGAAGUCUAUGUUGCUAAUAAAAAAAAAAGGUUCUAGAAUAGUAUAAUUUUCUUAUUGUACUGUAAAAUAUUCCAGAAGCAUAUUCUAAAUAUAGUUAUUUCACAGGGACAAAUAGUGAAAAGAGUUUCACUUUUUCCUUUUUAUGUGUUUCUAUAACUGUUUUAAUCAUUUUUCCAUAUUUUUGUAAUAAAAAAAUUGAUUUAAGUAUGAUCGCAAUGUUUUCUUGUCCACCCUCCUUGUCAUAGAGAGAAAUGAAGACUUUGGAUAAGUUCAGGGUCACAGCCAGUGGCAGUGUGUAGCAUCACUCUAGAUGUGUCAAGAGUGGUUCCAGCAGGGAUUGGGACCCUGGUUUUCAGGGUAGGAUCAACUCUGUAUCAGUGAUUUGUAAUGAGGAAGAUGGCAGAAAGAUAACAAACUAUCAAGGAACCCCCAAAGUGUCUGGGUGAUGACAAGUGGUAACUUAAUUAAAAACAACAGAAAGAUUGGAUGUGUUAGAAGUGCCUUAGAAAUUUUCCUAGAUCUCUGCCAUAGACACCCACAGGGCCCGAAGAGGCUCCCUGAUCUUUUCAGACUGAAAAUUUAAGAUCUUGCCACGUUUUAUCUGCCUGUCACUUUUAGUGUUAGAAUUCCCAAGGCAGAAAUUCCAAGUGGUUUGACUUGUCAUUCAUUUAUUUGGGAACAUCCCCUUAUGCUUACUCCCAUUUAAAUUUGAUUUUCCCAUAAGUUUGCAUUUUUUUAACUGAAUACAAAUUAAUUUUGUCCCCAGAUUUCUAUUGAGAAAGUCUUUCCAGAGGUAAGUAGAGAUGCCCUAGAUCUGUAAUUUUAAAGAUUUUCAUCAUUCUUUUCUGGAACGCAGCUGGAAAGUAGAAAAGGAGAGAGACAGCUGGGACACUGGGUUGGAGAGUUCUCAAGCUUAAGGGAGCUCAGAUUUUAGCCAGUUUUCAGUGGAAAAGCUGUGUAGCAGAGAAUGCGUUAGAAAUGUGACUUUCAAGAUUCUAGAUCCUCUACAUCUUUUUUUCAGUUGUAUUGCCUGUAAUUAUAAAGGUCACUCAUUUACAUAGUAGCAGUUUUCUUUCGUAAUUCUUAGUCAAGCUCCUUCUGCUUAUGGUGUGACUCUUUUUCCAGAGAAAGUAGUGAUGUUUAAAAAAAUUAUUUAAGUUUUGCAGGUGUGGUUGUGGUGGUAGAAUGUCUGUUUAAAUAUCCACAUUAUUUUUAAUAUAAUUUUUUUGUGGGUGGGUCACCUUUGGAAAAUAUUUUGUUACAGCUUUAUAGUCUAUACUUAACAACAUGCCUUAUGACAAUCUGACAUGUUGUCUUUUGUGAUGUCUACAUUUCAUGCCUUUUAAACCUACUUCAUAAAAUAAAAGUAUUUUAU